AGAAGAGAGGACUGACUGACUGCACACAGCAGAGCGUGAGGCCGUUCACUUGCUGCUUGGCUGCCCUGUACAGGCUGACACACACUCACUGCCUGCCUGACACACAGACUCUCUCCCUCUCUCUCUCUCUCUCUCUCUCUCUCUCUGUCACAAACACACUCUCUCUCCCUCCCGUACUCACUCACUCGCUUACUCACUCCCUCUCUUUUUUCUCUCAGUAUCACACACACACACACACACACACACACACACACACACACACACACACAUACAAACACACACACAGAGUCAGUCACCAACCCUCAUUCAACUCCCUCUCAGCCACGGGUCAGCAGCUCAGACAGGCACCUUGUUCCUAUCCAGCUGGAAAGAGCAGAGAAUCGCAAGGUGCACACACACACACACACACGCACACACACAGACACACACAGACACACACACACAUAUAUACACACAUACUCAAACACAUACUCACACAGAAACAAACUUAUCUUUUAUCAGACUCACACACACACACAUACACAUGUGCAUCUUCAAACAUCCCAGGACUUUACCUGUGGACCGGUGAGGAAGACUUUCAGCUCAAGGAGGACAAGCAGAGCGCCAUCAAGGAGUGGAUUCAUAAAAUUACAACACUUUCAACAGACAGAUCUAAAAAGUCGACCUAAAGAUGACAGCCGGAGAAACUCUGGCAAGCUCGAUGCUGUGAGGAAGGAAGGCCUGCUGUCAGCCCAACGUGGAGAUUGGCCACCAGUGACAUCCAGAGGAUCUGCUGCGAGUGCCAUUUCCCUCCCUUCUCGCUUCAGGACUCCCACCCUCCCGCAGGGACAUCUCCUGAUCAUCAGCAUGCCUACAGCUUGCACAAGGUGCACCUUGGGAGUCUGACCCACCAUGUGCAGAUGGACGGCGUCCGUAGCUCAUCUCUGUCCUGAACCUGCCCUCAGCAGCACCUCCACGCCUGCAGCUUCCACUGGGCCGCCUCUCCCACUGCCCAGCGCAGCCUCCCUUUGCCUGGCAUGCUUCACCCUGCUUCUGGUCACUGCUGGCACCGCCACGGGGGCCUGUCCUCCUCGGGUAGGGCAUGAAGCCCUUCAGGUGCUGGCGAGUGGCAUCAACUGUUCGUGGACAUUGGAAAGGCACACGCGCAGUUAUAAUCACUUAGAGGGUGACGUCCGGCUACGGCGACUGUACUCUGCCAACAAGUUCUUCCUCUGCAUUGACAAAACAGGCAAGGUGGACGGCACCCGGCGAAAAAACUACGCUGACAGUCUGAUGGAAAUCCGAUCUGUCAGUGUGGGAGUUGUUGCCAUCAAAUCUGUCAGCACCGGGCUGUACUUAGCCAUGUCCAAGAAAGGCACGCUCUUUGGAUCGGUGAAGUACAACCCGAGCUGCAAGUUUAAAGAGCGCAUUGAGGAAAACGGCUACAACACGUACGCGUCGCUCCGCUGGAAGCACGGCGGCAGGCAGAUGUUUGUGUCCCUGAACGGGCGGGGGAAACCACGGCGAGGCCACAAGGCUCGACGAAGACACCCGUCCACUCACUUCCUGCCCAUGCUCCCCUCCUAGCUGCCCGAGUCUGAACUCUGACCGGCAACUGGAUGGCUCACCUGCCUCCUCACACUAGUGUCGAUCUAGCUGUGAUCAUUAUUUUUUAUUAUUCCAUCCUCCUGUCACAUAAAAUGUACAUUUGCUGAGGUCUGUAACAUUUGUAGAGUUAGUGUAAUAUCUACUUUUAAGUUAUUUUCUGCAUUUUCUAAUGAUGUUCAGUAAUACAGUCCAAUACAGUAGAACUAUGCUAUGUCCUGGCAUCUGUCUGGUUUACAGAAUCCACUUGUGUAUAUGUGGGAACUCCAUUUGGGUGACGUUAAGGAACUGAAAGAGGAUAGAAAAGGGAAAGAGAGGCUUGGAAACACUUAAAUGUGGUUUGUGCUGAAACGCAUUGUAUUAAAACAUUUAAACAAAGAAAUAGCCGUAAAUCAGAGGUAAAGGAAACUUUGUGGACACUGAGGUUAUGAUCUCAGUAUUUUAGGGGAGCUUUUGGGUACAAGGUCAUACUAUACAAUUAAAAAAAUACAAAUAAUUGGCAGUUCAUCGGCCGAUUCAAGUAUUUUAAGACCUAAUAUUGUAUAUUUAGCCUUACAAAAAACAAACGUGAAUUCAUCUUUCACAUUUUCAUAAUGGAGCACCACAUUAUAUACGAAAACCUGUUUUUUUAGGUACAUCAUGUGAGAAAUUAAGAAAUAUUACAUGUAAAAGUGUGUAACAGUGAUUCAUAUAUAGUAAACUAACAUAACACAUCAUUUACCAUGUAAAAUAUCAUUUCACUGGGUUCACACAAAGGCCUAAUGUAGUUUUUGAAUAUUUCAAAAAGUAAUGCGAGACUUAAAUCUCACAUUUUCUCCUUUUGUAAGGCUGAACUGUACUACUGAAGGUGAACAAAAAUCUAAUAUUCUCAAUCAGAUUUUCUUGCUAUGGACAAAGAAAAGUUAAUAAAUUAUGUGGCUAACAGACUAAACAAAUAUGAGGAAUUUAAAUAAUUGAUUGCCAUUAAGGGGAUUUGAACUCGUGACCUCAGACCCGAGCUAAGGCCUUGCUACAAAUUUUAAAUCCUCACCAUCGCUUGGGAUAAACUGACACCACUGGAUAAGAGAUACCGAACUGCACCUGAACUGUACAGACAAGAUUAAAAAAAAAGCUCUACUGACUUAAACACAGUGAUUAAUGUACUGUUCUGUCUGUAUUUGUCUAUGUAUGACAAGAAUGCAACAGAAACUAAGCUAACUACUGGGAUAACGUGCUGGAUUUCUUGCGAGGACCUUUGUAAGUUUGUGCAUGCUUCUGUCAGUCUGCUUCUCCCAUCCAAUAAUCCACAGCUAAAUAGAAUAGAAAUCAGUCCCAGAAAACAUGCAGCGUGUCUCAUUUAGUCUUGGAUUCUUGGUCUUUAGUUCAGUCGUGAAAUAACUGACAUCCAUUCUAUCCAUUUUCGCAGCCGUAGGCACCAGAUGUCAUGUAGCAGCAGCUUCAUUAACUUUGUACACACUAGUGAAUGACAUUGCAUACUGCCUCUCUGUCAAGUCUUGCUAACAUUUUUCUCGCCAACAAGGCUGUUGCUAAUAGAACAUUUAAUAUAUUUAAAACAUUUUGUACUCUUUAACUGUUUGGAGUUGAUGUUUAUUGCUAUUGUUGACUUUUUUCUGUUGGAUUGUAGUCCUACUGUUAAAAAAAGAAGGGAAAAAAUAAUCGUAUUUGAGUCCAUAUUCAGCUCAAUUUGUAUGGUAUUACUACUGGAUAUUGGUACAUUGGUGAUCCACGUAUCAUAAGCAGUCUUCAGUUAUAGGCCAGAAAUAGCAGGUUGUAUAUAAAGUCUCAGAACAAACAGUCCUUAGAUCCAUUGCAGCAAAGUAAAGUCAUCUGAGUGCCUUGGCCCAUGCUGAGUUUGGUAAACUUCAAUAAAAAAUGUGGAUAACUCAUGA